CUCUUAUCUCACGACUCAUUCUCAAAUUAAUAAUUGUCUCCUCUGUAAACUCCUUCUGAUGCUGCUCUAGGUCACUCCGCUUCCCGGGAGUCAAGCAGCGCAGCAUCUUUCCUCCUCAGCCCUACGCUAUGAAGGAAAAAGCGAUUCACGACAUGCCUAUCUCGGAGACAACUCCGCUCCUGGUAGUUCAGACGGCUCCCAGGCGUCAUCGUUAUCCGCAUCAUGCCUUGCGCCGCUCGUGCACCGUAGUCCUAGGGCUCGUCCUCUUUGUGGCUGUUAUUUUGUUUAUUGCGCCGACCGGACUGGGCUCGUCUUGGUCCUACAUGCCAUGGGCUCAUCCCUACCCGCAGUCGUGGCCACACGGACACGGACUUGGUUAUAAAGACCUGCAAGCGGUUCUCCAAGAGACACCGACAGCCGAGAAAAUCGAGGAAUGGAGCAGAUAUUAUACUGCUGGCCCGCACUUGGCCGGCCGCAAUUUCUCUCAGGUACUCUGGACACAAGAGAAAUGGAAGGAAUUUGGCGUGGAGGAUACGACUAUUGCGUCGUACGACGUCUACAUUAACUACCCACAGGACCAUCGACUGGCCCUUCUGAAACAGACUGCCGAUAACUACGAAAUAACUUUUGAGGCUACUUUGGAGGAAGACGUCUUGGACGAGGAUUCUACGAGCGGUCUGCCGGAUCGCGUUCCUACUUUCCAUGGUUACUCGGCCAGCGGAAAUGUCACGGCUCCGUACGUCUAUGCAAACUUUGGCACCUACCAGGAUUUUGCGGACUUGGAAGAGGCAGGAAUUUCUGUCAAGGGCAAGAUAGUCCUUGUCAAGUAUGGAUUUAUCUUCCGUGGCUUGAAAGUGAAGCGCGCGCAAGAUCUGGGUGCCGUGGGUGUGAUUAUUUAUUCUGAUCCCCAGGAGGAUGGCGAGGUUACCGAGUUGAAUGGCUACAAAGCAUAUCCUAAUGGACCUGCCCGAAACCCUACCGCAGUUCAAAGGGGGAGUGUCCAAUUUCUAAGCAUUGCCCCUGGUGACCCAACAACUCCAGGUUACGCCUCUAAACCCGGAGUUGAUCGACAAGACCCCCAGGGUUCCAUCCCAUCCAUCCCGUCUCUUCCCAUAUCCUACACGGAGGCCCUUCCGCUUCUCAAAGCUCUCAAUGGACAUGGUCCAAAAGCAGCUGAUUUCAACGAGGGUUGGCAAGGUGGUGGCUUGGUACAUAAAGGCGUGAAAUAUCACAUUGGGCCAACACCUGAUGAUGUUGUAGUGAACCUCUAUAAUAAGCAGGAAUACGUGACGACUCCUUUAUGGAACGUUAUCGGUGUGAUUAAAGGCAGCCUUUCGGAUGAAGUAGUUAUUCUGGGCAAUCACCGCGAUGCAUGGAUCGCUGGGGGCGCCGGCGACCCGAACAGUGGCUCGGCGGCUCUCAAUGAAGUCGUGCGGAGCUUCGGUGAUGCUCUGAAGGCGGGUUGGAAGCCGCUCCGAACGAUUGUCUUUGCUAGUUGGGAUGGCGAAGAAUACGGAUUGGUCGGGUCUACAGAAUGGGUGGAGGAGAAACUGCCGUGGCUUUCGAAGACUAAUGUGGUAUACCUCAAUGUCGAUGUUGCGGCAAGUGGUCCCCAUUUCGAUGUCAGUGCCAGUCCUCUCCUCAAUAAGGCAAUCUACGAGGUCACCGGUCUUGUGCAGUCUCCAAACCAGACUGUCAAAGGCCAGACAGUUCGGGAUGCCUGGAAUGGUUAUAUCGCUACCAUGGGAAGCGGCAGUGAUUUCACUGCAUUCCAGGACUAUGCCGGUGUUGCCAGCGUGUCUAUUGGAUUUGCCCGCGGUCCCGGUGAUCCAGUUUACCACUACCAUUCCAACUACGAUAGCUUUGACUGGAUGAAACGCUUCGGUGAUCCGGGCUGGAAAUACCAUGUCACCACGGCGAGACUAUUCUCCUUGCUAGCAGCUUACUAUUCCGAGAAACCAGUACUAGGCUUGAACGCCACUGACUACGCCAUCGGUCUUCGGGAGUACCUCGACCAUAUCAAGCCACACGCGCAUAGUCUGCCUAAAAACACCCAUUUUAGCUUCGGCCCACUCGAAAAGUCCAUUGCCGAGCUGCACGAUGUAGCGAUUUCAUUCGACGCUUACGCCGCUGAGCUGGUUUCACACCUCCAUGACGAUGUACCAUGGUAUCACUGGUGGAAGAAAGUCCAGCUGUUCUUCCAAAUCCGCAGCGUCAACGAGAAAUACAAGACCAUCGAACGAAAGUUCUUGUAUGAGGAUGGUCUGGAUGGCCGGAGCUGGUAUAAGCACGUAGUGUUCGCUCCGGGGCUUUGGACCGGGUAUGCUGGUGCUACGUAUCCUGGACUUGUAGAGAGUUUUGAUGCGGGGAAUGUGACGAAUGCAGUGAGAUGGAGCGGUAUCAUUCAAGAGCGAAUCAGUCAGGUAGUUGAUCUACUCAAGUAGCGGGUGGGCUGUGAAUGGGUGCAGUUUAAAAGUCAGCACAUGCAAGUUUGUGAGGUUGAUUGAGUUGGUAUCAGAACAUAGCCAAAAUCUCUUGUCUAGUCUCUAGUAUGGUAUAAAUAUGAACAUGAGGAAUAUUUAUAUACGAGAACAGCUAUGCAAUCAUUACAUCAAUAUAGAAUAUUCAACAAUACUCAAUUGAUCCUAGUUGUAA